AUGGAGGUUUCAUCUGCUGUCUACAAUCACAUCCAUCAUGAGACCCACAAGUUAUCUGAUGUGGCGGUUGUUGAAGCAUCCAGUGUGGCAGUUACUGAGGCAUCUUACGCUCAGUUGACUCACAGAAAUGAAAAGCAGAGGCUCAAGCGAAGGGUCAUGCGACCAUUUGAGAAAAGGUACUCCAACUUGGCACAUAAGGGAUAUUUGGUUCCAGAACGGAAGCGUAUUGACUAUGUGCUAGUUUAUCAUGGUGUCCGUUUUGAAGGUGAAAGGGAUGAAGAGAAGAAAAAGAGAUUGCGGCAGCAAGAAAGGAAUAGGAACAGAUUUGAGAAACUGAUGAAAGAGCAAGGCUUCUCCCUGCAGAAAGAUGAGGUGGCCAACCACGUCUAUGUGAAGCUGCACUGUCCUUUCAAGCGUCUGUGUUAUGAGGCUGAGAAGGUCAAGCUGGAGAUGCCUCUCAAAGAUUGCAAGAUACCACAGACAGAAUCAGGAAAUAUCAUCUCUCAGCUUAUGGAGAAAUACUUGAGCACUGACACAGAUGUGGCUGAUUUUGUAAGUGGCCCAUUUUGUGUGGACAAGAUCGACAAGUUUGAACAUCAUGAAGAUCCCACCAAUUUCUUCCGACCCGCUAUCAGAUCCCUGUUGGUAAAUCACAUCCUGAUUAACCUUGACAUUCGAUCGAUGAAGGAAGUGCAAGAGGACAUGACAGACAGUGAUGACAACAAUGAGGACCAUUUGUGCUGUUGUCCAGAUUUGUUCUCCAGCUCUCAGAAAAGCAAGGAAACCCUCAGUGAUCUGGAUCAGAAAAAUAGUACAGCAUCUCUGAAAAAGAAAGGUCUGCCCUAUUUAUUGUUGAAGGGAGCAUAUUCAGACGCUUUUGUCCUCCAUGAUGAUUCAGAAAAGUCUCAACAGAAAGAAGAUGUCUACCUGACCCACUUUCCAGCAUUAGAAAUGCCUGCCGUGGCUCCCGAUGUUGACCCUCGGAAAGAUUUGGAUGAGAAAUGGGCACAAUUUUAUAAAUUUCAGCCAAUGUGGCAUAUCAGGAACUACUUUGGUGAAAAGAUUGCAUUUUAUUUUGCUUGGACAGGGAUGUUAAUAACAACUUUGUGGAUUCCAAUGCUGUUUGGUCUUGCUGUCUUCUUCUAUGGUUUGUAUGAGAGUGUCACUGAGUCACUGAAGGUGCAGAACUCCACUCACUCCGCUGACACACUGAAAGAUGUCCUGACGGAUAUUAAGAAGGCGUUUGACAAUGAUGUGACUCCGUUUUUUGCACUUUUCAUAUGCUGUUGGGGAACAAUUUUUUUAGAAGCUUGGAAGCGAGAGAGAGCAACGCUGGCGUACGAGUGGGAUGUUGAUAUGUUUGAAUCUAAUGAGCCUGACAGACCUCAGUUUUUUGGCACCAAAGUGAAAAAGGAUCCCGUUACACAAGAAGACAACUGGUUUUAUCCCUUCCGACGGCAGGUGAUCAAAUUCACCACAUCCUGUUCUGUGCUCUUUAUCAUGGUGGCGGUGGUCAUCAUGACAGUUGUCGCUAUCAUUGUCUACCGUGUCAUCAUGGAUAUCGACUACUGUCCACAGAUGACCAACAGUGAAUGUUUCCUUGUAACAACAGUCGCAUCUUCUAUCUUCAACGCCAUCUCCAUUUUAGUUCUGGGAAAGCUCUAUGAGAAAUUGGCUGGAAUACUAACAGACUGGGAGAACCACAGAACCCAGACCAAGUAUGACGAUGCUCUGAUCAUCAAGUUAUUUGUCUUCCAGUUCGUCAACAGCUAUGCUUCCUGUUUUUACAUUGCUUUUUUCAGGGGGAAAGGAGGCAUAUUUAAAGAGCGUUACAUAGACUCCUGUGAAGGCUCGUGCAUGACCCAGCUGUCAUUUCAAAUCUUGGUCCUCAUGGUGGUUAAACCAAUCCCAAAAUUCUUCAAGGACAUUAUUAUACCUUUUGUGACCAAACUAUGGCAUGCCAGACCUCAGUGUUGCCAGACUGGAUGUUUGCUUUGUUCAGGGCAGAACCAAGUGAAAGACAUAGAGAAACCGAGUGAUCAAGACAAACAUAAUGUACAUAUGGCCUUCUUGGAGAGAGAGAGGCUAAAGCCUAGUCUUGGUGAUUUCACUAUGGGAGAGUACACAGAGAAAGUCAUCCUCUAUGGUUUCCUCAUGUUGUUUGCCUCAUCUUUCCCCCUGGCCCCAUUGCUAGCGCUGGCCAUCUGUUACAUCGACAUCAGAGUGGACGCCAAGCGGAUGUUGUGGUGGUACCGCAGACCUGUAGCCUACAUCGCAGAAGACAUAGGAAUGUGGUUUGAAAUUCUCAACUUGGUCAACUUUGUUGGAGUCAUUACCAAUGCAUUUAUCAUUGCCUUUACAUCCAACUGGGGCAAGCAGUUUGACCUGACAGGAAAGCUGUGGGUUGUUAUAGGAUUUGAGCAUUUGGUUUUCCUGCUAAAGUAUUUACUGGCAUAUUUGAUUCCGGAUGUUCCUCAAGACAUCCGCCUGGCAAUCAGAAGGGAAAAAUAUCUGGUGCAUCGAAAACUCAACGAAGGUGUCCCAUCCAGCAAAGAUAUUGACUUUGCACAUCUCUUCCCUGAGGACCUGUUGCCUAAAAAUAUCAUCACAGAGGAAGAAGCAAGUGCAAAUACAGUUGCCAAUUCAAGGUCUCAUGAUUCAUCCAAACAGAGAAAAGAGAGCAAGAAACGAACAAGACACUGGAAGAAUGAGCAGGAAGUUGAUUGCUGA